AUGUGCGACGAAGCUAACGAAAGUAAUGGACCAGAUAAGUCUAAAAUGCAUCCACAUCCCUUACCGCCGGUGCCGGAAGGGAUGUCGAAAUCGCAAUGGAAGAAAGUAUGGAAGAGAAAACGAUGGGAAGAGUCUAAGGAACAAUUCGCUAUAAUUAGACGUGAGAAGCGUAAUCGCGCAAAGCUCAACAGAAGGGCUAAGAUAGAGGAGUAUAAGGAACGCGGCGAAGAGGUGCCUGAAGAAUUGCGCCGGAAACCGCGCAAGAACAUGGAUCAGCACGACUCCGGCAUGAAAAUCAUUGUCGACUGCUCUUUUGAUGACCUUAUGAACGACAAAGAGGUCAUAAGCUUGAGUAACCAAAUAACCCGCGCGUACAGCUUCAAUAGGCGCGAAAACCAUUUUGCGCACGUGAAGGUCACAAGCUUUGACAAGCGGCUGAAGCAACGAUUCGAAAGGGAUCUUGGCGACUCUAACUACGACGAUUGGAAGCAUUUUGAGUUUACAGAGGAUGCUAAGCUUCCUUCGGAAAAUGUUGUCUAUCUCACAGCGGAUACGGAUGAAAUCCUGGAAACCUUGGAGCCCGGAACCACCUAUAUCGUGGGCGGGAUCGUCGACAAAAAUAGACAUAAGCUGCUUUGUUACAACAAGGCUCGAGAGCUUGGAAUACCAACACGUAAGCUGCCCCUGGCCCAAUACAUCAACCUUACAGGCAGAGAAGUGCUAACUUCGACACACGUGAUUCAACUAAUGCUUCGGUAUUUUGAAAACCACGACUGGAAGGAGGCUUUCGAGGCAGUUUUGCCACCUCGAAAGCUUGAAGACGCUUUGAAAAAUGUGGUGCAGGCUUCAGGUAGUCGCGAAACGUCCGAAUCUCCAAUCGAAGAUGGCCAAGAUCAAGACGAUGAAUAA